GGUGAUGGGUCGGUCAGUCAGCAGAUCGAAAGACCACCGCAAGUAUGCUCAACCUCUGGACACGGCACUCAGCGUCAGUACGUGGCAAUACCUAGUACGCACAGUGCGAUACGACACGCCACCUCAUGCAGGACAGACCGUCACAAGUAGUUGUACGAUGGCGGGCUCUUUCACGUCCCACAACAUUGUAUUUGCAGGAGAAGCCGGAGUUGGGAAGAGUUCUCUGAUUAACCUACUCCUCGAUUUGGAUGUAUCUGAAGCCUCCAACAACGUCUCAGGGGGUACCCGCGAAAGGAAACGAUACAUCGCGAUUCAGGAUCGAAAUGUCUAUCGUCUAUGGGAUACACCUGGUCUCAACGAAGGCACCCAGGGGAAUGUCCCACAACGCCGGGCCAUAAAAAUACUGGAAUCUCUUAUCAAGGAGUUGAAGUCGGAAGAUGGAGUCCAUCUCGUCGUGUUCUGUUUCCGAUUCACCAAAGUACCAACAGCCGGCCUCAGAAGGGUAUACGAGUUCGUCCUCGCUUCCAUUCAUGGUAUACAAGUACCUGUCAUCGCGGCAGUGACACAUGAAGACGAGAUAUUGCAGAUAUCAGAAGAUUGGUGGAAUGGAACUGAGGUCCACCGCAAGCGAAAGGGGAUGACGUUUGCGGCUUACGCAUGCGUGUCUACAUUGCAGGAUGUGGAUCAUCCCCCGAUGCAAGGCAGGCGAAGCAAGGCUAAAGAUGAUAUGUGGCAGUUGAUCAAGACACAUGCUAAACCAUUAUUACCGCCCAACACUCCUCCUAAGGAGAUCAACGUAAUUCUUCUUGGGCAAACAGGGGUCGGGAAGAGCUCUAUCGUGAACCUGAUUGCUGGCCAGCACAUCGCGCGUGUUAGUCCGGACACCGAUGUCUGCACUAUGAGCUCCACGGAAUAUCGGUUCGAGAUGGGAGCGCACGAUUUCCGCAUCUGGGACACCGCAGGUCUUGAGGAGCCUGAGGUCGGGGCAAACGGAUACCUCACUGCAAUAGCAAAAGCGCUCCAGUUAGUCCGUCGGUUGGCAGCCGCUGGCGGAGUCAGCCUUCUCUUGCUGUGCAUGCAAGGUGAAAAGGUCACAGGAGCAGCCCGGAGCAAUUACAGGCUAUUUUACGAGAUGCUCUGUGGGAGAUGUGUGCCAGUUGGUUUGAGCGCUGGGCAUGCUUGCAUCACUGGGCUGCCAUCUUAUCCGGAGAAAUACGCACUGUCAAGAGCUGCAAUAUAUGGCCUGCUGACGGACUGCGACCACUUGGGGAAAUACACGAUGCCUCCUCAUAUCUGGUUCAGGAGAGUGGCGAGGAACAUGAAAUCACUUGUCAUGGGAGGAAGCCUACCAAAGGGAGAGAAGCUGACCCAGGCGUUGAUAACGCGGUGCGGUUUGAAGGAAGCAGACGCUGGAGAACUCAGAAGGCUCCUUGAAGAAGUUGAUGAUGGGUCGUCAUUAGCGGUUACAGCAUAAUAUUACCUUCCAUACCCACCAUACGAGUGUGGGCCAUUAAUUUAUGCGCGAUCUCGUGGAGAAGACGACCUUCCUUAGAGUAGCCCUAGCAGAACGAUCAAAACACCCUCGAUAUUGCUCAGAAACACACGAUGCGGUCUUCGAAUGAUUUACGAGGCGGGGUUAUGGAGCUCGUAGUG